AUGAACAUCCUUUCCACCACCGCGUUUCUUAUCCUCUUCGAGCUCUCUGGACAACUUUCCUACGCUGCAGCAGGUGAUCCAGGACCAGGUGGGCCGCCGGGCUUACUAGGCGCAAACCCUCCCGCACCUAAAGACGGCUCUAAACCGGAAAGCCCACCAUCAAUGGGUGGCAACGGUCUAGGAGGGGCUAAAACAGAGGGACCAGGAGGCCCUAAACCAGAUGGCCCCCUAGGAGCGCCCAAACCAGAUGGACUAGGAGCGCCCAAACCAGAUGGACUAGGAGCACCUAAACCAGAUCCCUUGGGAGGUCCUACCAAAAUGGAUGGUCCAGGUAAAGGCAUGGGAUCGCCUCCCGGCCUCGGCGCCUCAGCAUCCGCGGGCGCAUCCGCAAGUGCUUCAGUUAGCGUAAACGGGGACACCAAAACGACGUCUGGAGGUCCACACGGCGGUGGCGGUACAUGGAGUCUCACUUCUCCAUCCGGACAGACUUGCUCUUGCACAUGCAAGGAUGAGCCCCAGCCUCCCCCACCUAAAUGCGACUCCCCACCGCCGAUCACUAGCGGUGGCGGAGACACGCCCCCUCCCCCGCCCCCACCAGACAAGAAGGACCCGCCGCCGCCGCCACCGGAAAAUAAAGGCCCGCCGCCACCACCACCAGAUGACAAAGGGCCUCCUCCAGACACACCCGGAAUCACAUCCCCAUCGGCGGCUCCUUCAAUCAUAUUUGGCGCAAACAACUGGAUUACGGACAGCUUCUUAUUGGGCACCCUCUUGUAUAUACUCGCCUGA